AUGGGAAUGAUGGAGAAGGCAGCAUAUUCUUCUGGCUGGAGGCACAUUUUGGUGCUUCACUUUGCACUUGUGUUAACUGCUGCCGUUGUCAUCAAUAACGGCACCAAUGCGUCUCAACCUCACAAGCUGAUCAUUGGUUUCCAGGCACCCUGGAAUAUGUCCUUCCCCUUCAGUGCCCUGCGGCUGGGCUCAGCCAUACAGAUAGCUGUAGAGAAGGUGAACAGCAAUCCCUCCUUCCUGGGGAACUACAGUCUGGAUUUUGUGUACAUGGAUACAGACUGCAAUCCCAAAGUUUCCCUGGGAGGAUUCAUUCACCAGGUGUGGAAAGAAAAUGUGUCUGCACUGUUUGGUCCAGCAUGUCCUGAAGAAGCCGAGGUCACUGGUCUCAUUGCAUCCACAUGGAACAUCCCGAUGUUUGGCUUUGUGGGAAAAUCCUCCAAACUGGACAACAGCGAUGUCUAUGAUUCAUACAUCAAAAUUGUGCCCCCUCUUAAAAGAAGCUCGGAGGUCCUGGUGAAAACAUUGGAGUUCUUCGGGUGGAGUCACGUGGCGAUGAUUGGAGGGGGAUUGGAUUCAAACACUUGGGACAAAGUUGACGCUCUGUGGAAAACCAUUGAGAUGCCGCUGAGAGAGAAAUUCACACUGGCUGCAGCGGUCAAGUUUGAUACCAGCGAUCCUCAGCUUGUUAAUCGAAAUGUUCAGUACAUCUCAACAGUUGCCAGAGUGAUUGUGGUGCUGACAAACAGAGAGGACUCUGUGGCUCUGCUGCUGGAGGCUGAGCGACAGGGUUUGAUGAACGGCGACUAUGUGUUCUUCCUGGUGCAGCAUUUUGAGGAUAACUUGUGGAAAUAUGCCAUGGACAGCAGGAUUUACCCAGCUGCCAUAAGAGCCUAUGAUAUGGCUUUUAUCAUUGGCCAGAAAUCCUAUGAAGGCUUUGACUAUUAUGACUUCUUUGAGCAAGUUUUUGAAAGACUAAAAGGACACCCAUUUGGGAGCAACCUGUCAUCUGACAGUGAGGUUAGCCCUUACGCUGCCUAUCUGCAUGAUGCAGUGCUUCUUUAUGCAAUGGGACUGAAAGAAGUUCUCAAAGAUGGCAGAGACCCUUACGAUGGACGGGAGGUGUUACAGAGGUUAAAGAAAACAAGCAACAUUCGAUUCAAUGGUGCCUCUGGACUAGUCCACUUCGACGAAGAGGGGGAGAGAAGUUUGGACUAUUCCAUUUAUGACCUGCAGCAUCUAGGAAACAGCACCAAUUUCGUACCCAUCCUUCAUUUUGACAGUGACACCAAAGCUAUCCGGCCAACGUCUUCAUUUGCUGCUGUGCUCUGGCCGAAAGGAAGACCUCCUUCUGAUGAACCAGUAUGUGGUUUCAACAACGAGCUCUGUGAAUGGCUGAUGAAUGACAUCGCCCUACUAGCUUUGCUUGUGACCUUCCCUGUCAUCGGUGUGCUAGCAAUUUUUUGCAUCGGGGUCCUCUUUCUGCAGAAGUUACGACUCCAGACAAAGCUCGAUGACUCCUGCUGGUGGCUGAUAAACUACAGCGACAUCAGCAUCAUCAGGGAGCCCGUAGGGAUUCUGUCUCUGAGCACCACAGGUAGCCAUAAUGGGAGUGGUGGCUCUCAGUCCAAUUUCUCCAGCAACAGCUACGGCCUGAGGGACAACGCAGGGAAAGAACACAUCUACACCACCAUAGGUCUCUACCAGGGAAAUCAAGUGGCUAUCAAGUACAUCAAGAACCACAUUUCCAGAAAUUUCCAGAAACCUUCAAUGAUCGCAGAGUUCAAUGUGAUGAAAGAGAUGAAACAUGAGAACUUGGUGCAGUUCUUUGGUGCGUGCAUUGAGCCCCCGAAUGUCUGUUUGGUUAUUCAGUACUGCAGGAAAGGCAGUCUAAAGGAUGUUCUGAAGGCGUCAGAUGUCGAGCUCGACAGGAUGUUUAAACUGUCAUUUGCUUAUGACAUUGUCAAUGGGAUGGAGUUCAUUCACAAAAGUAGCCUGAGAUUUCAUGGGAACCUGAAACCCAGCACAUGUCUGGUGGAUAGUCGACUCCAGAUAAAACUCUCUGGCUUUGGACUUUGGGAGUUUAAAUACGGUAGCAAAACGAAGAUCAUCCCACUGGAAAACCCCAAUUAUGACGAGAUGUACUGGACAGCCCCCGAGCUUCUCAGGCAAGUCGGUGUCCCGGUCAGUGGAACGCCCAAAGGUGACAUUUACAGCUUUGCCAUCAUCAUGUGGGAACUCAUGUACAACUCUAAGGCUUGCCCAUAUCAUGACACCAACCUGGAGCCCAAAGAGAUUAUUAUGAAGUUGCAGACACCUUUCCAAGGGGAACCCCUCCGACCAGAGUUGUCUGAGCAGCUGUGUGACGAGAACAUCAACUCACUACUGAGUGCCUGCUGGAGUGAAAACCCUGACCAUCGACCAUCGUUUGGGUCUAUAAGAAGACAGCUGAGGGAAAUCAGCCCAAAUAGUCAUGCAACUAUUCUGGAUAAUAUGGUGGAAAAGUUGGAGAAAUAUGCAAAUCACUUGGAGGAGGUGGUGGAGGAGAGGACCAAUCAGCUCACAGCAGAGAAGACCCGUGCAGACAAGCUUCUCUCCAGCAUGUUACCAAGGUACAUUGCAGAUCAGCUGAUGGCAGGGAAAUCAGUGGAGCCGCAAAGCUACGAGAUGGUGACCAUCUUCUUCUCUGACAUUGUGGGCUUUACCUCCAUGUGCUCUGUCAGCUCUGCGAUGGAGGUGGUAACGUUCCUUAACGACCUCUACAGCCUCUUUGACGACAUCAUCAAAAUGUACGAUGUCUACAAAGUGGAAACAAUUGGUGAUGCAUACAUGGUAGCCAGUGGUCUACCUAUCAGCAAUGAAAAUAAGCACGCUUUGGAGAUAUCUACAAUGGCUCUUCAUUUCCUGAGUGCCAUCAAGGUCUUCAGAAUCCGUCAUAUACCUACAGAGAGUCUUGCGAUUCGCAUUGGGAUACACUCUGGUCCAGUGGUUGCUGGAGUGGUAGGCACCACUAUGCCUCGCUACUGUCUCUUUGGUGACACGGUGAACAUGGCCUCUCGCAUGGAAAGUAACAGCUUACCCCUGAGGAUUCACAUAUCUCAGUGCACUGCUGACAUCCUUGUCCAGGCUGGAUCAUUUGAACUGGAGGAAAGAGGGGAAAUCGAAAUGAAGGGUAAAGGGUGUCAAAUGACCUACUGGCUGUUGGGCAAACAUGGAUUUAAUCCUCCUCUUUUUGCUCAGAGCUCUACAACAGCUGACAAUCUCAAACUACAAACAGAGAAACUAGGAAUUGCCAGAGCUGCUGAGAAAAGGGCCCACCAAACUCUGGCCAAAGCACACAUGUCAGAUGCGAUGAUGACUGCAGUGCACAUUUAAAGAACACGUGGAUAUUCUGACCAUAUUUUGCAUAGAUUAACAGGGAUAUCAGGAAAUGACAAUUAUGUAGGUCUCAUAGAGUGCAAAACUGUUUGUGAAGAGGAGGACUGGAGACAUACAACUGAAGUAAAUUUACAAAACACUGACUUCAUGAGAAGAAAAUUGAGACGAGAACCUGGAAUGCAGCACUUGCGUUUUCUGAUGCUAAAGAGCCUAAAGAUACUUUUCAUCUUAAGUCUUUGUGAUUCUGGUACAAUUACGGAUCCACCCUUUUACUAAAUGUUUUAAUUUAAACUGUUCUUUGUAGCACAUAUUUUGUGCUGAGACUUGGCUAAAUGAUCAUUUUCUCAUGCAGUUGAACAUUAGGCAAUUAAAACACAGACAGUCAAGCAAUUUUAAU